AUGCCCGUCACAACAUUUGAUUUCAAGGAGAAGUACCGGUACCAGGUCGGCUUCGACUCCCACCUCGAGUCCGAAGCCGUCCCCGGGUCCCUCCCGAUCGGCCAAAACUCCCCGCAAAAGCCCCCCCACGGCCUCUAUGCCGAGAAGCUCUCCGGGACCUCCUUCACGGCGCCCCGCCACGACAUGAAGCAAGCCUGGCUCUACCGCAUCCUGCCCUCGUGCGCCCACCCGCCCUACGCGCCGACCACGACCCCGGAACCCAAGGCCGAGCCGUCGAAGCUGCGCUAUAUCCCCAACCAGCUGCGCUGGGACCCCUUCGACCACGACGAGGCGCGCAGCUGGGACUUUGUCGAGGGCAUGCGGCUCGUCGCCGGCGCGGGCGACCCCACCCUCAAGCAGGGCAUCGGCAUGUACGUCUACGCCGCCGGGCGCAGCAUGGAUACCAAGAGCGCCUUCUACUCCGCCGACGGCGACCUGCUCAUCGUCCCGCAGGAGGGCGUGCUGGAUAUCCGCACUGAGCUGGGCUGGCUGCUCGUCCGCCCGCUCGAGAUCGCCGUCAUCCCGAGAGGCAUCAAGUACCAGGUCCACCUGCCGAGUGGCCCCGCGAGGGGGUACGCGCUGGAGCUGUACCAGGGCCACUUUGUGCUGCCGGAGCUGGGGCCCAUCGGCACCAACGGGCUGGCGAACGCGCGGGACUUCCAGGCUCCCGUGGCGUGCUUCGACGAGGACUUUGGGGCAACAGCGCACGAGGGACCCAGCAAGUACGAGGUGCGGGUCAAGUUCAACAACGACUUCUUCAAGACGGAGCAGGCGCACAGCCCGUUCGACGUGGUAGCGUGGCACGGCAACUACUAUCCCUACAAGUACGACCUUGGGCGCUUCAACACGAUCGGGACCGUCUCGUAUGACCACCCGGACCCGUCCAUCUUCACGGUGCUUUCGGCGCCGAGCGGGGUGCCGGGCACGGCGAUCGCGGACUUUGUCAUCUUCCCGCCGCGGUGGCUGGUGGCCGAGGACACGUUCCGGCCGCCGUACUUCCACCGCAACACCAUGUCGGAGUUCAUGGGCCUGAUCACGGGCGGGUACGAUGCGAAGCGCGGGGGCUCCGGUGGGUUCGUGCCUGGCGGCGCGAGCUUGCACAACACGAUGAGCGGGCACGGUCCCGACGCGGAGAGCGGCGAGGGGGCCAGGAAUGCGGAGCUGAAGCCGGCCAAGGUGGGCGCGGGCAGCUGCGCGUUCAUGUUCGAGAGCUGUGCGAUGGUCGGGGUGACGGAGUGGGGGCUGAGGACGUGUCAGAAGGUGCAGGAGAAGUAUAAUGAGGAGAGCUGGGGGGAGCUGCCGGUGCACUGGAAGAGGCCGCAGGGUGCCGACACGGAGGGGCACUUGUUGAAGUGA